CAACGGACGAGCAGGGGCAGAGAACAGCAAGCAACGCAAGCAAGCAACGCAAGAUUGCCUUUGGAAGCAACGGAAGAUACAGCGGGAACGACGACAGACACCCGCCAGGAAACACUUGUUGUUGGUUCUUCCACAGAAAAAAUGAACCACGACGGCCCGGCGAGCAACGGCACCAACGAAAGGGACCACGUCGCCGGUGGUGUCGAACGGAGCGAGGACAGCGGCGCAAGCGCUGCCCACCCGGAACGGGAAGCUGUUCCGAGCGAGGAAGACACUCCCGGCGCGGCAGGGGAUGGGUCCCUGGACGAACCGGCCCCGAGGAAACCAGGGGCGGCGGACGGCCCUCCCCCAGGGGAAAGCAACCCACCGGGAGGCCGCCCCGGCGGUGCCUCGGACGAAAAACCUCCCGUCGCAGCAGCGAACGGCGCCGAUGCGGACCGCGGCGACGAGGCCAACAACGACGACGACGACGAGAAUGAGAACAACGACGAGAACAACGACGACGACGGAGACAACGGCCGACGACUGAUCGGAAAAAAGGUCCGGACGGCCUUUGGACCCGGCACCGUCCUCGACUACCGGAGGAGGGACGGGGUGUACGUGGUCCGGGUACCGAACGGGGACGCCGGCGGCUCGGCCACGCUCUACACCCCGCAGGCCCCCGAUCCGGAGCCCGAGAGCCCGCCGGAAGCCGCCAGCCAGCUCAACGUGGCCUACCAGGCCCUCGAGAAGAUGAGGCGGCUCAACCUGGACGUCCGGUGCCACGAGCUGGGGAUCCCGAGCCACGAGAUCGACCACGAGAUGUGCACCGCCUGCCUUUUGAUCCAGAGGGGGGCGACCAAGUCGCACUUUCCGCGGCUGCAGAAGCUCGUGGACUCGGCCCAUUCGGUCGACGUCCAGGAACAGUUUCCACGGCUCCACGGCCUCUUUCAUUCCUCGGCAACGGCACCAACGCCGAACGACGAGGAGCUGCGGGAACAGUUUCCCAUCAUUCACGGCCUGUUCGGCUCGGUGUCGUCGUCGGCGUCGUCCCGGGGCUUGGCGAGCAGGGUGAGUGCCUCCCUCCAAGCGGGUGCGGCCCGAGCAGGCGCAAGUGCUACCGACGGCUCCGAUGCCAGCAACGGCAACGAAGAGGCGACCGAACAUGGUGCAAGCGCGGCCGCCGGACACGCGAAGAAUCCGACCGCCGCCUCGGAGGAAGCAGCGGCGGCCCCCGCGGCCCAUCCUCCCCCCCCCGACCGGAGGGAGACGACGGGAGGUCCUUCCAAGAGUUUUCCGAGGAUCCGAAAACUAUGGGGUUCGAUACAGAGCCUGCCCCAGCCGGCGGGGAUCCAGGCCCCUCCCGCGCCGGUCGCUGCCGGUCCGACUGGCGGGGCCGGGCCCCGACCACCGGCUCCGCCCGCGUCCGCGGCGAAGGGACCGGCAAGCGGGGGCCCGGGGCUGUCCUCCUCUUCGAACUCCAUGUCGUCUUCCGGAGCAAGCUUUCCGCGCAUCCGGGGCCUCCUCAAUAGCUCCGUUACGACGAGCAUCUUCGGGGACAACCAGGUGAAAGAAGACGGAUCCGCCGCCGAUCCCGGCAUCCUCAUCAAGGGAAUCGGCAGCAGCCAGGCCAGCAUCGAUUCCGGCAGGCCAACCCCGACCAAGAGCGACAAACCCAUCGCGCUCCCGCGGAUCCAACGGCUCAUCAACAAGCGAACCCAGGCCAACACCAACCCCUGCCUCAUCUGCGCGUCGCCGAGCUGCCCCUCGCACUCGUCCGCGAGCUUUCGAAAGGAGGGCAUCACGCUCUGUCUCAAGUGCGAGCGACUCUUCGAACUCGAGUUCAUCGUGGACUGCGUGUCGCAGUCGGAUCCCGUCAAGAGGUCCGAGAGCAUUGACUACAUGAUCGAUUGCUACGAUCGAUGCAUGCUGCUGCUGAAAUACUCGAAACAGUUUGCCAAACACAUUGCUGCCUCUCUGGAGGAUCAGAAAGGGAAGCAGGACAAGAUCGGCCUGGCGAGCAGCAGCGUCGGAGUUCUGUCGGGUGUCCUGGGAAUCGCUGCGGCGGCAUCCAUCCUGACACCGGCCGGACCGCCCCUGCUCAUUGCGAGCUUGUUCUUUGGGGGAGGUGCCACAACGGUCCAGACCGGCACCGAAGCGAUCAAUUACUUCUCCGAACCCAGAAAACUCGCGGAUCGGAUCACCGCGCUCCACGGCAUGGCCCUGUCGAUUCUACGAGUCACAAGCACCCUCCGGGACGCCAUGCUGCGGGACCACAUCCGAACCGACGUCUACGAGGCCGAGCCGGGCUCGGCCCACCUCCGAAACCAGGUGAUGGAAUCCUACGAAAAAAACAAAAACGCCGUCGUGAUCGGCUCCAACGUUGGACGAUCGCUCACCCUCGGUGGCCUGGCCGGAGCCGAGGCGGGUGCCGUCGGAGCGGUGGCGGCGGGUGCCGCGGGCGAGAUGACGGUGGUCGGCACCGCCGCCGCGGGGGCCAGCGCGGCCGGGGCAGGUGCCAGUGCGGCCGCGGGUGCCGGGGCCGCCGGUGCCAGGGGUGCCACCGCGUUCUCCCGGGCCGGCACCGCCGCGGCACGCACCGUGCGAUUUGCGAGGUUUGCGGGUGGGGCGCUCUCCGCGGCCGUCUUGGUCAUGGAGGCGAACGCGAUCCACUCGACGCUAAAGUCCAUCAAUGACGGGAGCCAGUGCGACAAGGCAGACCGGCUUCGCCAGGUUCUCGCAGAAAUCGAUAGUUUUCCCUCCACGGAAGAACUGGACGACGAGUGUCAGGCGUACCUAAACGCCAUGAAAGCGCGACCGCGUCCACCCGUGGAGGUUGCCGUGGCAUCGGACGACUCGGCGAGAAACGACGAAAUCCCGGAAGCAGAAUGCCAAGAGGUCGGCCACGAAUUGUGCGCACCGGGCGUGGUCAUCGUGGACGCUGCCAACCCCGGCGCAGAGGAGGUAGAACUGCCGGCUGCGGUGCCCGUGCCCGUGCCUCCCGUGCGCAGCUCGCUGCUGGGCGGUUCCUCGUUGUUUCAGCGCAUUCAGUCGCGCCGAGAAGAACGACAGAGCCUGGCCUCAUCGGUGGCAGACGAAGUUGUUGCUGUCGCCGUAGACGAUGCCCGGUCAGAAGAAGCAAGUUUCAGUUUGAUUUUGUAAAGCGAGUGUCUAAACUCCAAGAGUGGAACACGAGAGAAACUUCGAACCAUCGGCGACAUUUCGAACGGAUUCCUGAUAUCCGGACCCCAUGCAAAUGCAAAUGAGACAGAAUUUUCGGAUGACGAUAAUGAUAUGAAACAGAUAGUACGCUAGAAGAUUUUCUCAUGCAACCAAGGUUAAUUGGAUAUAAGGAUUAAGCUUGGUAUGACCAUGGACUUUCUAGUGUGCAACUACUGUAAAGAGAGCCCUUGUUGCAUACUACAAAGAAAAAAUAGAAAGACAGUCAAGGGGAGGGUUUCAAUGGUGAUCAUUUAAGAACUCACUAUCUACUCGUGAUUUACGUGGUAUUGCCUCACAUCUUGCGCAUGGUGGUUGUCUUUCAACUAAUAGGAAAGUUAAAUAAUUAAUUAAUAAGGCU